AUGACUUACAUUCAAGUCUUCUCCAUCUCUCCACUCACUGCAUUUCUCAAUCUGCUUGUUAUCAUCUCUAUCUCCCACUUCAAGCAGCUCCACACUCCCACCAACUUUCUCAUUGUCUCUCUGGCUGUCUCCGAUUUCUUCAUCGGCCUUAUGCCAUUGUUUCAGUUUAUGCUGAUCGACGGUUGUUGGUACCUUGGUGACAUCAUGUGUACUUUGUAUCAGUACCUAGACUACAUAAUUUGCUCUGCUUCAGUAGGAACCAUGGUGCUUAUAUCUAUUGACCGCUAUGUGGCUAUUUGUUACCCUCUGCAUUAUUCCACCAAAAUCACACUAAGAAGAAUUCAGAUCUACAUUUGUUUGUGUUGGAUAUUUUCUGUAUUAUUUCAAAGUAUAGUUGUGAAGGAUGUCCUAGAACAACCAGGCAGGUAUAACACCUGUUUUGGACAGUGUAUCUUUUUAAAUAACUACAUUACUGGAAUUGUAGAUUUUAUUUUUUCUUUCAUUGCUCCCAUUACUCUUAUUGUAGUUCUUUAUAUGAGAGUAUUUGUGGUGGCUGUUUCUCAGGCUCAUGCCAUGAGGUCUCACAUUGGUUCAAAGAAAGUAUCAGCUAAAAAGUCUGAGCUGAAAGCAGCCAGGACUCUUGGUGUUGUUGUAGUUGUGUUUUUAAUAUGUCUCUGCCCAUAUUAUUGUGUUGCUCUUACAGGCCAAGAUAACUUGAUCGAUGCUUCAUCUGCUACAAUUGUAAUGAAUGUGUAUGAUUUAAAUGCAUGUCUAAAUCCUGUGAUCUAUGCCUUCUUUUACCCCUGGUUUAGAAAAUCAGUUAAACUCAUUGUUACACUUAAGACACUGCAGCCUGGCUCCUGUGAGACCAACAUGCUGUAG